AUGGCUGCUCUUAGCUUCCACUCCAACUGGCCAACACCUUCUACAUUCCAUCGCCGUAACACCGCGAUCGUCCCUCCGCCACCACCACCCGACUUCCUGCCUCCAUUCCAUGACAACUACCAUCAUUUCUCAACUUUCAACAAUAAUGCCUUCACUUCUAACCACCUCUCUUUUCAUAACUCAACAAAUUUUCCGACACUUUCAUCAUCAUCAUUUUAUAACAAUAAUAAUGAUGCAUUCUCUCCAUUGACAAAUCUUGCUCAAGAUCAAUUUUAUUCAAAUAAUCCACUCUUUGUCCCUAAUAAUGUAUUUGAUCAUCAUCAAGAAAUCUUGCCAAUGAAUAUUCCUAUGGAAUAUCAAACACACCCACAAUACAAUUCAUAUGAUUCAUAUUCUUCUUUUUUUCGUGAUCAAGAUUUGUGUCCAAUGGACCAAAUACUGCAGCCCGAAUUGCCACAAUUGCCCGAAAUUUAUAAUUUUGGUAAUGUGUGUAACGACAUUAUGGGUGAUAAUGUUAAACCGAAAAAGGAAAAUAACAAUAAUGGUAAUGGUGGAAAGGAGAGGAUAUCGGCGCAAAGUAUGGCAGCAAGAGUGAGGAGAAGGAAGAUAAGUGAGAAGACAUCAGAGCUAGGAAAGCUCGUUCCCGGUGGUCAUAAAAUGACCACGGCCGAAAUGUUUCAAGCCGCUUAUAAAUACAUCAAAUUCUUGCAAGCCCAAGUUGGUGUUUUGCAACUCAUGUCAUCCUCUCCGGAACUUCAAGCUUUCAUAACGUCCCCCGCCGUGCAAGAGAAGUUAUACACCGAGGAGAAGUGCAUUGUAUCCCAAACACUUGCCAGGACCAUAGCCGAUGAUGCUCAAAUUGAUUGGUAG